AUGUCAGUGCUGUUCAAGCGUAUCACGCCGCCACGCGUCAGAUUCUCGGAGUACUGCAUCAAGGGGGAUGUCCAUGAGCUUGCGGACUACAUCGUGUGUCUUCUCCUCACAGAGCUGCCCGGUAACCCCUGCGGCGCUGUUGCCGAGGCGUUGGAUCGGUGCCAGUGGGAGGGCCGCAACGCCUCACAGCUAAAGGAGCUGCGCAUGGCGUACGAUGCGUACAGAAGGUUUCGUCAACGUGAUACCAUGGGGCGUGCUUCUUUGUCCACACUCUCGCCGUCCGUCGUUGACUACGUGCAGUACCACGGCAUCGCCAUGCUGCUGGAGGAGUGGCUAUUACAUCUAGAAGAGCAGCAGCCGGUAGAUGCGCUUGCAUCCUCUCGACUGUUUUUUUUUGGCGAAGCACAAAGCUGUGCGGGAGAAUCACAUACGCAAGCCAACGUGAGUGAAGCAAUACCUCAGUGA